AUGCUCUUACACCGCACAUCAUUAUGUAGCCGAGUAUCGCUACGCUUCUGCCAGAAAUACGUUGGUAAAGGAAAACCGACGCUCGGAAUUCGAAGAGAGACAAUUAAUGCCUGGGAGAGGAGAGCUCCUCUCGCACCAGCACAUGUAAAGAAGCUCACCAGGGCCGGUGUGAAUGUACUCGUUCAGCCCAGUAAUCGGAGAGCGUACCCAAUUCAGGACUACAUUUCUGCUGGUGCCAUAGUCAGGGAAGACUUAUCGGAUGCCCAACUAAUCAUAUCUGUUAAGCAGGUGCCUGUUGAUCAGCUGAUACCCAACAAGACUUACGCUUUUUUCUCGCACACUAUUAAAGCUCAACAGGACAACAUGGAAAUGUUGGACACCAUUUUGCAAAGGAAAAUUCGCCUAAUAGAUUAUGAAAAAAUCGUAGACAGGAAGGGCAAACGUCUGGUCAUGUUUGGAAAGUGGGCUGGUAAUGCAGGCUUCAUCGACAUUCUGCACGGUCUUGGAUUAAGAUUGCUAGCACUUGGUCAUCACACGCCAUUCUUACACGUUGGCCUUGCACAUAACUACAGCGAUUCUCACAUGGCUAUCAAUGCCCUCCGCGAUAUCGGCUAUGAAAUCGCACUCGAUAAAAUGCCAAGAUCUCUCGGCCCCCUGGUUUUUGUGUUCACUGGAUCAGGUAAUGUGUCUCAGGGAGCCCAGGAGCUUUUCCAGCAUCUCCCUCAUGAGUUUGUUGAUGUUGCCACUCUACCAAAAGUUGCUCAAAAAGGACAGCUAAACAAAGUGUACGGCUGUGUUGUUACCCGUGCUGACCACAUGGUAGCCAAGAAUGGGAGCCCAUUCGAUAAGGCUGAGUUCGAGAAACAUCCUGAGCGUUACACUUCAAAGUUUGCCACUGAGAUAGCUCCAUAUGCCACUGUUAUUAUCAAUGGAGUUUAUUGGGAUGCUCGAACACCACGACUGAUCACAAUACCCGAUGCCAAGCACCUACUCACUCCUGUGCAUAGGGUAUGUGGAUCUGUCGUUAAUGGUUUGCGAUAUGGCCAUACGGAGCAGCCUUCAUUCCAGUAUGACAUGCCCGGCUGUCCAACGUUGCCUCAUCGGCUUGUCGCUAUCUGCGACAUUUCUGCGGAUCCAGGAGGUUCGAUUGAGUUCAUGGCAGAAUGCACCACAAUCGACAAGCCGUUCACGAUCUACGAUGCCGAUUUCCAUACUACGAGUGAUAGCUUCGACUCUCCAUCCGGUUGCCUUGUGUGCAGUAUCGACAACAUGCCAGCCCAGAUGCCUUUAGAAGCCACCUCGCAGUUUGGUGAUUUACUCUAUCCGUACAUCUUCGAUAUGCUCAACUGUGCUACCGACCAGCCUUUCGACCAUUUGAGUUGCCGUGAAGAAGUGAAAGGUGCGAUAAUCACGACGGACGGCAAACUUGCUCCUAGCUACGAGUACAUUUCUGAUCUUCGCAAAGCAAAGAUUACAUCCUCACAUAAAUCGCCUGUUAUGGGGAGCGAUGAGAAAAAAGUUCUUCUUCUUGGGGCUGGAAUGGUCAGCGGUCCGUUUGCUGACUUUUAUUCCAAGCAAAACAAGGUUCAAGUGACAGUGGCUACUGAAUCGCGUGAGGACGGUCAUCGUUUGAUGAGGAGUGAUAACAUAACGUCCCUCGUUGUUGAUGUAAACAGGGAGCAUGACGUGUUGGAUCAACUUGUGAGUGAGCACGAUCUAGUCGUCUCUCUUCUCCCCUACGUAUUCCAUCCAAAGGUAGCCAAACUAUGCAUCAAGAAUAAAACUAACAUGGUAACCAGUAGUUACGUAACGCCCGAACUCCAGGAACUGGAUCAAGCAGCCAAAAAUGCAGGCGUCACAAUUAUGAACGAAUCUGGCUUGGAUCCAGGAAUUGAUCACAUGCUUGCUAUGGAAUGUUUUGAUGCAGUCAGAGAGCAUGGAGGAAAGAUAACCUCGUUUGUUUCCUUCUGCGGCGGGUUACCAGCGCCAGAAGCUUCUGACAAUCCUCUCCGUUAUAAGUUUAGUUGGAGUCCGAAAGGUGUUCUGACGGCCCUUUUGAACCCUGCCAAAUAUCUUCAUAAUGGAAAGAUUGUGGAGAUCCCCAGUGGAAAAGUGGUUGAUCAUCUGUAUCCAAUAGAAUUUAUGCCUGGAUUUAAUCUUAUUGGGUAUGGCAACCGCGACUCAACAAAGUAUGCCGACAUUUACGGGCUCGACUCAGAUUGCAAAACUUUGAUCCGAGGAACUCUCCGCUACAAGGGUUUCGUGGAAACUGUAAAAGCUUUGGACUCCGUGGGAUUGCUGAAUACUGAGCCUCAGGAUGUAUUCAAUCCCGUUAUGGGCCCUGAUUUGACAUGGAAACAGCUCAUGGCGUCUCUUCUCAACAAGAAGAUCGACAUUUUCCCUGAUUCCUUACGUAACGUAGCCGCUGAACGUGUUGGUGCAUCCAACACGAUUGGCAUGAAAGCUUUGCAAGAUCUGGGUUUGUUCAGUGAUAUAGUCGUGGACAGGCAUGGAAGUGCACUCGACACUUUGGCGCCGUAUCUUUCUAAGAUUCUUGCAUUCCAAGAAGGCGAACGUGACCUCGUUAUUCUUAAUCAUGACAUAGGAGUCCGUCUUCAAAGUGGUAAUAUGGAGCGUCACAGAGUAAGUUUGGUAGCUUACGGAGACCCGAAUGGAUUCUCAGCAAUGGCUCGUACUGUUGGAUAUACGUGCGCUGUUAUAUCGCAUAUGGUCCUUCAAGGAGAAAUUCAACGGCCUGGAAUUCUACGACCUGUAAGUAAAAAAGUCUAUCGCCCAGCUCUUAUGCGACUUGCUGACUACGGUAUCAAAGCAACAUCUACUGUUACUCCAAUGUAA